GCCAAUCGAUCCCCGGUUCAAUAUGCAAACUUUAGCAGGUGUUUACUCGAAGAUCUGAGCGGAAACCUCUUUGUGAAACAGGGUGUCAAGAGUCGCACAUUGCCUGCUAAUGAUUGGUGGCGAUCGCGAAAAUGCUGCAGGCAUGCUGACGCCGCGAAUGGGAACAGAUCUUCAGUCUCAACCGCCUGCUUCUUUGGGGUUCCAAUUUCCGACGCAGAUCUUGCAUGGUUCCCAAUGAGGGCUCAAGUGCAGGCAACACAUAGAGUGCGACGUGCUGAUCAACAAAAUACCCUGUAGGCUCUGCAGUAUAAACAGCUGCGCUCUCUUGUCGUCCACUCUAAGCCACCUCGUUAGCUGCAAGAUUCAGUCGUUACUACGCCUAGCCAACAUUAUCAAAAUGAAGAACGCUCUCAUCCUCUCUGCUAUCACGGCGUUUGUCACCGCUCAAAGCAUUGUCGACCUGCCAUCCUGCUCGCUCCAAUGUCUGGCCGCAGAAAUUCCUGCCCUAGGAUGCGAACUCACUGACUUCGCCUGCUCCUGCAAGCAAGCCGACAAGCUCACCCCUAACGUCACUCCUUGUGUGCAGUCAUCUUGCACUGAUGCGGCAGACCAGGCCAAGACCAUCGAAGUCCUCUCUGCCAUCUGCGCAGCAGCCGGUUUCCCCAUCGAGGCCCCAGCACCUACAUCUGAAGCCGCAGGGGAGCCCACUUCAGAGGCUCCCAUCGAGACCCAGCCCUCUGUCACCGGUGAGCCAGAGUACUCCGCCUACCCCACCGAGGUCCCUCCUGUAUCUUACCCAGCACCCGACUACCUCACAUCCGACGUUCCCAACCUGCCGUCUUCCUACUCUGAAUACGAGCCCAUACCCUCCUCAGUAGUAGUAUCGCGCCCCUCGCCGCACACUACUUCUGUCCCUGGCGUGCUUCCUCCUUACCCGAUUAGCGUCGAGUACCCGUCUGGUUCGCCUGAGCCAAGCGUGCCUGGGCCAACUGGCACGGGCGUGCACCCUACUACUUCGAGCAGUCUGCCUGAGUUCACUGGUGCAGCAAUGGCGGCCAAGAUUCCGGUAGUGGCGGCGGGAGUGUUCGGACUGGCUGCUUUCGUUUUGUAGGCUGAGUGGUGAUUGCUCGAGGAGAUGGAAUCGUGUACCAUAUCUAAUACAUGUAAGAGUGAUCGAUAUUGGGGACUUGAGGAUAUGAACAUUGUGAUGUGCUGAAGGAUGCGUGAAUUGCUGUUAUGGUGCCCGACGCGUGAAAGUGCAUGGUGGUAGG